UCGGCCUUUUGGCUAAGAUCAAGUGUAGUAUCUGUUCUUAUCAGUUUAAUAUCUGAUACGUCCUCUAUCCGAGGACAAUAUAUUAAAUGGAUUUUUGGAGCUGGGAGUUGGAAUAGGAGCUUGCUCCGUCCACUCCACGCAUCGACCUGGUAUUGCAGUACCUCCAGGAACGGUGCACCCCCUCGGGGGACAAAGCGGUUCAAAGAGAAGGACGUGGAAAUUGUCCACUACUGCUGUUUCACUUGAACUCACUCUGCUCUGGAUCCACACGUACCCUGCAGUGGGCUUGGCGUGGCGCACACCUAGUUCUCAGCAUUCAGCGAACAGCUAGGUCGCCGUGAGUUCGAGGCCAAGCCUGCCUCCCAUCUCAUUUGUUUCUCCGGCGUGGUAAAGCCACUGGUUGUCCACGGCAGCCAGGGCUACACAGAGAAACUCUUCCUCGAAAAAAGCCGAGAUUCGCGUGAGGGUCGGCCUCCUCCUCCCCUCACUCCUCCGGCCUGGCCCGCCCUUUGCGCGCCAACGGUUUUGAAGUUCGCGGCAGUGCCUCGCGCAGGCGCACUGGCUCGGCCAACAUGGCGGAGUUGAUCCCCUUUGUAGUUCCCGCCCAGAGUGACAAAGUUUUGUUGGUGUGGGAGCUGAGCGCCGGUCCCCCAGCCGAGGCCUUAAGUCGCUCCCUGCUGACCGCGUUCUCCCGGUUCGGCCUCGUGUACUCGGUGCGGGUCUUCCCGAACGCCGCGGUGGCCGGCCCCGGCUUCUACGCGGUCCUCAGGUUUUACUCAUCGCGGGACGCCCGGAGAGCCCAAAAGGCGUGCGACGGAGAGCCCCUCUUCCAGACUUCGCCCGUGAAGGUUCGCCUCGGCACCAGGCGUACGGCGCCGCGACAUCAGACCUUUGCCCUGAACAGCUCACGGUGCCAGGAACUGGCAAAUUACUACUUUGGCUUCAAUGGGUGGUCAAAGAGGAUCAUCAAGCUGCAGGAGCUGCCCGGGCCUGACCGUGAGGCGCUCUCGGGGCCCUCGCAGAAGCGGAGCCUCCAGUUCUUCUGCGCCGCGGAGGUGGUGCUGCCGUCCUACGGGUGCAGGAGCCGGGGAGUCGGCAUCUCGGAGGAGCCUCUGCACCAGCUGGAGGAAGACCCAGGGCAGUCAUCAUUUCUUAUGAAGAGGAAGACAGCUCAGAAGCUUGCCAUCCAGAGGGCCCUAUCAGACGCCUUCCAGAAGCUGUCUAUCGUGGUUCUGGAAAGUGGCAAGAUUGCAGUGGAGUACAGGCCCAGUGAAGAGUCCCUAGAUCCCGGAAGUGAGGAGGAACUGCAGAAUUUAAUCCAGGUCAGCUGCUUUCCUUGGAAUCAGCCCAGCCAAAGGGAGGAAGAAUGUCUCUCAGAUUUCAGCUUGGAAGAGGAAGAACUGAAUCUCGGGGAGCCGCACCAGCAGUUCUGAUGGUGUCUGAGGCCCCACCCUCCGAUUUUGAUGGAAAGUUCCAAGUUUUCAAUCUAUGGGCUGCUGGCAUCCCCAAACACCCAAGUGUCAGGCCCUGGAGGGCGUCCUGGGAGAGGUCUAAAGGAGGCUUGCACCCUGUCACUGUGGUAGGAAAAGGCUCCCCAUAUAGAGUGGAGCUGUCCCAGCACAAUAAAGGCAUCCUAACAAA